AUGCUUGAUUGUAAGUCUUGCAACACUCCAUCUACCACUGAUAAGAGGCUCUCUAUCUUGGAUGGAACUUUACUUGCAGAUCCCUUGCAGUAUAGAAGCUUAGAGGGUGCAUUGCAGUAUCUCACUUUAACCAGACCUGACAUCAACUUUGCAGUAAACUAUGUAUGUCAGUUUGUGCAUGCCCCAACAGAUUCUCAUCUUCUGCUAGUCAAGCGCAUACUCAGAUACUUGAAGGGAACUAUAGAUGCUGGCAUUACUCUAUCUGCGGGUGACAUUACAUCAAUCAGUGGAUACUCAAAUUCUGACUGGGCUAGAUGUCCUGAUACUAGACUUUCUACAUCUGGAUUCUGUGUCUUCUUGGGAAGUUCCUUAAUCUGCUGA